AUGGAUAGAUUAAAUCGUACACGGGACUUGGACGACUCGGUGGAUUUUCUAUCCAGGUCAUUAAGGGAAGCCUACUAUGCUUCGUGUAGGGAGCGGCAGGGACCUAGGAAAUUCCGGCAACCAUGGUGGAAUCCUAGACUAAUGCAGCUAAGAAAGGAAUGUAGAAAACUUUUUAAUAAGGCGAAGAGGGACCAAGACUUGUUAAGCUGGGACGAUUAUCGUCAAAGCUUCAACACUUUCAAGAGGGAAACCAGACGGGCAAAGAGGGAAUCUUGGGAGCGUUUCUGUGGGGAACUGGAGAAUACCACGGAGGCAUCGCGUCUACGAAAGGUACUAUCCAAGGAUCCUGGUACGCCUGGAUUCCUGAUGAAACCGGAUGGUAACUUUACUGAAAGUAGUAUCGAAACUUUGGAACUGCUAAUGGAGACACACUUUCCGGGUUGCAGGGAUGAUGAAAAUGAGGUAUCCGCUUCGGAGCAUCUUGCAGCUUCUCAAAUCCACAUAAGUGAAUUAGUUAGAUCCAUUGUUAGCGUGGAGAAAAUCUCGUGGGCGGUGUCAUCUUUUAAGCCCUAUAAAUCACCAGGGCCAGAUGGCAUAUUCCCAGCGUUACUCCAAAAAUCGAUUUCAACCAUCAUGCCAUGGCUUAUAAUGAUAUUUAGGACCCUUUGGGGCAUCUUGGUGAGCUCCACACUUUGGUGUUGUGCUUCUAGUACCACGGGGUUCCUAUGGCCCCAGGACUCCGGUCCUGUAGGAUCAUUGGUGUUGGUCACUUCGGGUGAUGUCGUGGUGGCUGUGGUUUAA